CUCCGUAGACACGCAGAGAUAAAGCCGUCGCCAUUUUCUUUACAGUCAUACUCAUACUCAGACUAUCUUCUGAACAUGGAUCCUAGAUAUGGCGCACAAGAUGUUAGUCGCUGUGAUUUAUGUGAACAAACAAUGGCUGAGAUGUACUGCGACUCCUGUCACGUGAAUCUCUGUAAACUUUGUGUUGGAGAGCACAUAUCGUCCGAUCUGACCUUCAGGCACGAAAUGGUCACCUUUAAAAACCGGAGGUCAACACCGAUAUACCCCAACUGUACCGAGCAUGACAAACAACGCUGCGAAAUGCAUUGCAGAGAUUGUGAUAAACCGCUUUGUUCCUUGUGUGUGGAGAACUGCACGGGCAAGAAACACAUUCUAUCUGCACUUCUUAACAAGUACAAUGCUGCAAAGGAAACCAUUAGAAAAGAAACCGAUCAACUUGAGAGGACCGCUCGUCACGGAUAUCAGACCAUUCAACCAGAGAUUGAAAAGGAAAUUUCUGAAAUACCUCAACAGUAUGCAAAAGUUGUCGACGAAGUUUGCACAGAAGCAGCUGAAUUACACCAGAAAAUAGACGACUUGGUAAAACAGAUGAAGGAAGAGCUGACAAAGAUGGAAACCCAACACAUUGAAACACUCCAAAAUCAAUUGUCACAAAUUAAGAAAACGCUUUCUGAGAUGGAUACCAUCAUUUCAGAAAACAAAGAUAUCCUGGACUCAAAUAAUGUAAAACUGUCUUUAGAUUACAAGUCCCAAGUUUCCAAAUACGCCGAUGUCGCACCGGAAAUCGUCGUUUCGUUACCAACCUUCACUCCUGGAGACAGACAUCUGGAUCAACUUUCAAACUUUGUUGGGAAGUUAUCACCUUCAUUGUUUAAGCCUAUAGCACCACCACGUGAUAAGGGACGUAACAGUUGCACAUUAGCAGAAAAUCCUAAAGUGAUUACCACCAUAAACACUGACUGUAAGAAAUUAGGCAAAAUACUUUUGAAAUGCGGUGUUAUUUGGAUCUGCGAUCAAUAUUCAACCAACAUUUUAAGCAUGAGCGAGGAGGGCGAGCCACUGACCACAAUUUCUGUCAAAGUAAACCAUCAAGUACGCGACAUUGCUGUAUCGUCCACAGGUGAAUUGAUUUACAUUGAUAACGGUUCUAAAACAGUGAACAUGAUACGCAAUAAUCAGAUAGAAACAAUCAUCUCUCUACAGCCAUGGACGCCUUUGCAGGUCUUCUGCAGUGUCUCUGGGGAUCUUCUCAUUAUUAUUCACGACAGAACUUCAUCUAAACUAGUUCGUUAUUCUGGGAAAUCAGUUGUCCAAAGUAUUCAGUUCGAUCAAGGAAAACAUCUUUACUCUUCAACAAACAAACUGAAGUAUGUCACAGAGAAUAUCAACAGAGACAUUUGUGUGGCUGAUAAUGGAAUAAAAGCCGUAGUAGUGGUCAAUGGAGAGGGGAAAUUCAGGUUCAGAUACACCGGACGCCAUUCAAUGUCAAAAGGAGGAGAGCUUCAAUUCAAGGGCAUCGCUACCGAUUUCCUGGGCAACAUCCUGGUCGCGGAUUGUGACUAUAACCACUGUAUUCACAUAAUAGAUAAGGAUGGGAAGUUCCUUCGUUAUGUCGACAAUUGUGAACUUAAAUAUCCGUUUGCUUUGUGCGUGCAGGAUGAACAUAUUUUUGUUGGAGAGUACUAUUCCGGAAAAAUGAAGAAAAUAAAGUAUCUGAUGUGUGAAUAAAACAUGUUUUGGCAAAA